CCACCCUCCCGGGGCGGGGCGGGGCGCGCUGGCGGCGGAGCCCGGCCCCGCGGCGGCGGCGAGCGGUUCCCCCCCGCCCCGGCUCUGCCCCCGCCGCCGCCUCCGCCCCCCGCCCCGUGACUCGGCUGCCUCCCGCGGGCGCGGCGGCGGCUGCCGGGCGGUGUCCGUGCGGCCCCCGCGCCCGUGCGGGGACUAUGAAGCACCAUGGUGUGGUGUGACCGUGGCGUCCAGAUGCUGCUGACCACGGUGGGAGCCUUCGCCGCCUUCAGCCUCAUGGCCAUCGCCAUCGGCACCGAUUACUGGCUCUACUCCAGCGCUCACAUCUGCAACGGCACCAACAUCACGACGGACGAAGCGCAGGGGCCACCGCGGCGGGCGAGGGGCGAUCUCACGCACUCAGGGCUCUGGAGGAUCUGCUGCCUCGAAGGAAUCUACAAAGGACAUUGCUUCCGAAUCAACCAUUUCCCUGAAGACAAUGACUAUGACCAUGACAGCUCAGAAUACCUUCUCCGCAUUGUCCGUGCCUCCAGUGUGUUCCCCAUCCUAAGCACAAUAUUGCUGUUGCUGGGAGGACUCUGUGUCGGAGCAGGAAGGAUUUACAACAGCAAAAACAACAUUAUUCUCAGCGCUGGGAUUCUCUUUGUUGCAGCAGGACUAAGUAAUAUCAUAGGGAUCAUUGUCUACAUAUCAAGCAACACAGGUGACCCAAGUGACAAACGAGAUGAGGACAAAAAGAACCAUUACAACUAUGGUUGGUCUUUUUAUUUUGGAGCCUUGUCUUUCAUCGUGGCUGAAACCAUAGGUGUUCUGGCUGUGAACAUUUAUAUUGAGAAGAACAAAGAGCUGAGGUUUAAGACCAAGAGGGAAUUCCUUAAGACUUCUUCCAGUUCUCCUUAUGCCAGGAUGCCAAGUUACAGGUACAGGAGGCGGAGGUCCAGAUCCAGUUCUCGGUCUACAGAACCUUCUCCAUCUAGAGACAUUUCUCCAGUUGGCAUGAAGAUAGCAAGCACCAUUCCCAUGAAUGAGAUUUCCAUGUACACUCUUUCCAGAGAGCCUUUGAAGGUUACAACAGCUGCCAGCUACAACGCAGACCAAGAAGCCAGUUUUCUGCAGGUUCACAACUUCCUUCAGAAGGAAUUUAAGGAAGGACUCCAUGUCAACAUGGUCAACAGGAGAACGACACCUGUUUGAAGUACCUUCCUUCCCCGUGCGUUUUGAAGAAAUACCGAAACAGAAUGGAUCGGUCAUGAAAGAGAAGGAGCGAUGUUAAAAUACCCUCUCACCUCUUGAAUUGUGGCAUGUGUUGAGGUAGCAAGUGGAGUUUCUUUGGACCAACAUAAUGAUAUUACACGCUCGUAGCUUUUUUUGAAGCUAUUCGGAGUUUGUUUCUUUCAGUUCUUGGUGUCACAAGAUGAAGGCGGUUCAUGUUCCUGCACUUCUGUAGUGUGUACAAAGUCUUGGAGAAACUGCAAAGGACUGGCCACCAGUGUGUUUUAAAGGAUUACAGAGAAAUUGUUGUACUACUUCUUUUUUUCUAAUGUUGAAAUCCCUUAAUAUGAACUUGCAAAUAUAAUUUAUAACCAAGCCCAAGGAUGAAUACGAACUACUCCUCAAGUGAGCCACUUCCCUUUGACACAGCAUAAGCUUUGCUUCUUUCCAAAAAAAAGGAAAAAAAAAAAAGAAAAAAAAAGGAAAAAAGGGAAUAUUUUUGAAGGCAACACUUUCUAAAACUGACCUGUGCUACUGAAACCAUAGAGCACCCGCAUGCUGAGUAUCACAGACUUCCUGAUGGGGUGUAUGGGGGUCUCCCAUCUCUGGUGUAAGUCGUCCCUCGGAGCAAUGAAGGUAGGGGAGAAGAGGGUGGGUGCAUCCUGAAACACCUAAAAAGGGAAGGAUUAAAGUAGGUGGGACUUGAGCAUAUUUGCAAAUAUCAUUUCUUGCCUAACAUUUAGAAAACUUGAAUUCUCAUUUCGACUAGCCCUAGUGCCUGAUCUGGCAAGGUGCUGAGUGCUGUCUGUCAGGAGCCCCUAUAGACUACUUCUAGCAAGAGUGAGAAGCAGAGCUGAGCCAGGGUGGCCGGUUCCCUGCGACUGCAUUCCUGUUUUCCUUACUGCUUCACAAGUGCAACACUAACGCUACUGGAAACUAAGAUACCUAAGCAAUGUGCGUGAGAAAAUGAGAAGCUAAUACGUUCGGACUAGCAAAACUUCCUGCAGCGAUGGGAACUGAGUGUUAACAGAAUGGAUGACAACUUUGUAUUUUUUAAACCAGAACAAAAAUAAUCAUCGUUUAUGAGAUAUUUAUUAAACUCUUUUUAUUAUGAAUAAGUGCCGCAUGGUGCAAGGUAUAGUUGCUUUUAGAUGGAAACGAUGGUUCGAUCUAAUUUAAUUUAUUUUGUAAUGAUGAAUUUACUGACGUGCAGAGAGCCCACAGACAACUCUAUGCAUCACCUAAGGGGGGAACUAAUUUGUACCCUUUGCUUCUGUAUGUUUCUGAAAAAGUCUGAAAUAUUCUUUUUCUUUCAAAUUCCUGCUUUCAUUUUUUACACCUAGGCUUGGAAUCUCAAAGCUCGAGGGCCUGACUCAAAGGUAAUUUAAUUUAGUAGUACUCAUGUUAAUUUUAGUGACCACUCGACCAAGCCAUAUGAGAAUGAGGUGCCCAAUUCCCUUUGGAUGAAUUAGGCGCGGUGAGAGAGGAGCAUCUAAUUCCUGUAGAUUCCUUUGAAUAUACCCAUCGUCUUUGGCCAGAAAAUCUUUGCUACCAGAAGACUAGAGAAGUGGUGACAAGAAAAAAGUCAUGAUUUGGAAAACAUGGCUCACCGGUAGUGGGAAAUCUCAGCCAAACUGUUAAAACCUCUUUAGUCUUAAUUCAUCCUGUGAUGGCCACGGCAUCAGUGACUCAGUGGUGUUUUGGAUACGAGGCUUUCAGCUAGUGGAACCAAGUCCUCCAGAGAAAUCCCGGAGGAGCUGCCUUAACAACCCAAAAAGCAAGUUGUAUCCCUUCUCCCCUCCAGGUAAACCCUGCUUAAGCCUCUCUCCUUGCAAGAACCAAGACACAAUUCUCAAUUGUAAGCUAAAGUCUUCCCCUAGUCGCUGUUAAGCUCUGCCUCGCCCUCGGCCUGGCAGAGCAACAUGGUUAUUUUGGUGGAGGUGGGUUGGAGCCUUCAUCCCUGCUUAUUAAGAGUUUCCAUUCAGGUUAAAACUCUGCUGGGAUCCUUUUUCAAACCUCUGAACUCUGAGACCUAAAGUGAAUGAGUGAUGGGAACAAUUGAAAAGUAGAAAAUGUUGUGCUACUUUCUGUAUCAACACACUAUGGAGAAAGAUGUUACACAAGCUUUUUAAAGAAAAAAUUCAGAGGCAGACGAGAAAACUUUUUUACCUACUUUUCGGCUAGGACAACAUAAAAGAGUUCUAAAAUUAUUAAAGUUCUUGAUGAAAGGUUUUUUUUACAAGAAUCUUUAUGCUUUCAAACAAUAAAUUAUUUCCUACUUUUUGAGACUUCGUAAUAUUCAAAUACUUUGAUUAGCUAUGAUAGAAGUAGAAGUUUGCAAUGAAAACAAAAAACCAACCUUCUGUCUCAUUAGUGUGUCAUACUAAGUGCUAAUUAAUUUACAUCUAAUUAUAGUCGAUGUAUUUUUCAAGUGCAAUUUCCCAGAACUAUUUGUUUCCCACUGUGUUAAUAAAACUAAUAGUUAGAAAUCAGUCCUCAUUCGUGUUUACUGUAAUUAAGAAUAAAACCAUUCCCUUUAAAACCAGGAGUUAGAUAUAGGCUGUUUUUCUAAGCUCAUGUCCAUUGAACUGGAAGUUGACAGUGUGAGGUUUGCUUCGCGCAUUGGUUUUGUUCUUUUAAUCAUCAUUCUCCAGUGAAUGUGUUUAAAACCAACCAUCUGAUUCCAGUCAAAGCCCAAGGCUUUCCUACAGCCCGGGUCAGACCUGCAGAGGCACAUGCGGUAUUUUUACACCAUGUCAACAAAAGAGUCUUACCAAGUGUUUUGGGAUGUUCCUCUUUGCCAGAGCCUUCUCCCCAGAGCAGGGCUGGUUUCAGCAGCUCGCCAAGCACAAUGUCCUGCUUCAGUCUGAGUCCUUCUCCAGAAGGCACCUUUGAAAAUGGAGCGGUGCGAGCAAGUAUUCAUGGGAUGCUCAUGGGAUACAGGGUAUGGACAGGGAACAAAGGCACAAGGAGAUAACAGGGACCAGAGGUUUUGUCCUGUGGGAGAAUGGAGGCUGUCAUUUAAAACUCAUGGUCUAUGUCAAAUUGCAGCACAGUAAUAACAAUAAUUAAAUAUUUAAUAAGAAUUUAAUAAUAAUAAUUUAAUCAAAGCAAAAGAAAAAAUGUUGUUUCAUUUAACAAUUCCAGUAAAAAAAAAAUUCCCCCGAAUUAUUUCCAGUGAAAAACUUUGAUUCUGACAAAACUGAAAGAUUCGCAUCAUUCCUGCCCAUGAGCAGUGUCUUGCUCCAUGGCUGAUCUGUCUGAACAGAAGAUUGUGCUCAGAGUUUGAAACCACUCAGUGAUAGUUAAAAAAAGAUAAGAAUAAAAAUCAUCUGUUCUUCCACAUCUUUUUGGUUUCCCUGGACAGCAUCUAACAAAUUAGCCCCCAUUUCUCAACAAGGCCUGCAGAUACCAUCAUCACAUCAUUAACACAAAAAUCAGUCUUUUGGUAUUAUUCUGUAACAUACUGUAAGAGCAGACCUAAAUAAAAAAUGCUAUGGGAUCAGGCUCUAUUUUCCAGGAAACAAAGUUUCAGGUGUAUCAUCAGCUCUCUUCCUAGUUUCUCGUACACAAUAGGAGUAAAAGGAGAAAUCACUUCAUGUGCCCGUACAUCUAACAGUAAACUAUUUUUAUAUUUCCUUUUCUUUCUGUAUGGAUCACAUAUCCACAAGGGCUAAUAUAUCACGUCCCUUGAGGUUACCUUUCUGUCUGCAGUUCUAAAGUGUGAUUUUCACUGUGUUUCAGUUCUACUGGUAUAAUCACAACCAUGUAUAAUGUACUUAAUCCUUACUUUUUAAAUAAACCAUUUUAAAUGUA